CUGACCGUGGAUCUUCACCGAGCUGCGGACUGUCUGGCUGACCUGAGGAUCUAACGGCAGACAUUGUGGACGGUAUCUCAUCACGGUUAGAAGUGUCGUUAUCCGGUAGCUUGUUUUUUUUUUUAGCCUUUUCGGGGCUAAAUACGGAUUCAUCCUGGAAGCACCCGGAGAACCGCGGAUAUCUACGCGGCAUGGUUGCUUCGUGACCCGCGGCAGGUGUGAAGAGAUGCCGGGGGAGCCGCCGGCGGGAACCGGCCGGGUGGUGCUGGUGAAGAAGAUCGUCAUGAAGGACGGAGCUGCGCUACAGCAGGGGAUCGGCAGACCCAGUGUGUAUCACGCCGUGGUGGUCAUCUUCUUGGAGUUCUUCUCCUGGGGAUUACUCACCACGCCCAUGCUCACUGUUUUACAUGAAACAUUCCCUCAGCACACGUUCCUGAUUAACGGACUCAUUCAGGGCGUGAAGGGUCUGCUGUCGUUCAUGUCAGCACCUCUGAUUGGUGCGUUGUCGGACGUGUGGGGCAGGAGGACGUUCCUAUUGGUCACUGUCUUCUUCACCUGCGCUCCGAUCCCCCUGAUGAGGCUCAGCCCCUGGUGGUACUUCGCCAUGAUCUCCAUGUCCGGAGCUUUCUCCGUCACCUUCUCAGUCAUCUUCGCCUACGUCGCUGAUGUGACGGACGAGAGAGAGAGGAGUACGGCGUACGGUCUGGUGUCUGCUACUUUCGCAGCCAGCCUGGUGACGAGCCCAGCGAUCGGGGCGUACCUGUCCGCCUGGUACGGAGACAACCUGGUGGUUCUGCUGGCCACGCUGAUCGCUCUUGCCGACAUCUGCUUCAUCCUGCUGGCCGUACCCGAGUCCCUGCCCGACAAGAUGAGGCUCAACACUUGGGGGGCGCCCAUCUCCUGGGAGCAGGCCGACCCUUUCACUUCCCUGAGAAAGGUCGGUCAGGAUCCAACUGUCUUGCUGAUCUGCAUCACUGUGUUCCUGUCGUACCUGCCCGAGGCCGGACAGUACUCCAGCUUCUUCCUCUACCUGAGACAGGUCAUUCAUUUCUCCUCAACAACCCUCGCUGUGUUUAUCGGAGUGGUGGGGAUUCUAUCCAUCAUAGCACAGACUCUGUUCCUCACUCUGCUGAUGAGGACUCUGGGAAAUAAAAACACAGUUCUGUUGGGUUUGGGUUUCCAGAUCCUUCAGCUGGCCUGGUACGGCUUCGGAUCCGAGCCAUGGAUGAUGUGGGCAGCAGGUGCUGUAGCAGCGAUGUCCUCCAUCACCUUCCCGGCCGUCUCUGCGCUUGUGUCACAGUCCGCUGAUCCUGACAAACAAGGUGUGGUCCAGGGGAUGAUAACAGGGAUCAGAGGCCUGUGCAACGGUCUGGGUCCAGCUCUGUAUGGAUUUGUUUUCUUCCUCUUUAACGUGGAACUAAACGCCAUGGACCCCAUCCAGGGAGACUUCAGCAUCGACCCCCUGCCUAUUCACAGUCCCACUGAGCGAGCCCUCAUCCCUGGCCCGCCUUUCCUGUUGGGGGCGUGCACUGUGGUCGUCGCCUUCCUCGUCGCUCUCUUCAUCCCUGAGAAACCCGCCUGCUCCGCCUCUUCCUCCCAUCUAUCCCUCAGCGAUAAGCCCCGCCCAGACAGCAACAGCAAAGAGUCAAUGUCCUCGCUGGCCGGUGUCCACAUCAACACACCUCUACCAGGCAGCGAUGAAGAGACUCCUCCCACUGCCAGCGACGAGGACUUUGAGCCACUCCUGCAGGACAGUAUUGUUUGAUUGACAGCUAGAAUUGACACACAGGGUGGAGCUUAAUUGAUUGACACUUGGUUUAAGGGCAAAGAACCAGUUACACAUUUCCAAGGCGGGACUAAGUGUUCUUUUGUUGUCUGAAGAUUGACCGCAAGAAGCUCCAAUUGCAUUCUCUUUGUGAGAAGGAAAUAUUACUUCCUACUAACGGAGGUAUCAACAUCCUUGACCGACCAAUGAGGAUGUUUCUUUUGCAAGGGCGUAUGAGCUGCCCACAUGAUGUCUUUGGUUGAUUUGACAGUUUUUGGAUUGAAAAGUUGGGGCCAACCGAGACGAGACAGUUAAAUUGAGACCAUCGAUUGAUUAACAAGCAGAGGGAUCAUCUGCUAUUUUAAGGAAUGGAUACGCCCAUUUUUGGGAUACGCCCACUUUUGGGA